AUGGGGGCGGGGCCUGGCGCCAGGAGGAGCUGCUUGGGCACGGGGCGGGGUGGGGGCGGGACCUGGGCCCCGCCCUGCAGAGGAGCCACCUGCCCGGAAGGGCGGGGCAGGGGGCGGGGCCCCGUCAUGCCCCAGGUUCCCCGGUCCCUGUGGGGGCUGGUGGAGCAGCACGUGCAGCCCCCUGAGCGGGCAGAGGUGAAGAGGAUCCUGGGCGAGGCCGCAGUGGACCUGAGCCUGGAGUUGCGGUCAGAGGUGGAAAUCCUGGAGGCCCUCCUGGAGGAGGAGUGCCAGGCGGCCUGUGGUGCUGGCCCCGCCUCCCCCUCCGCCCCCUUCUCCUUCCUGACCCCGCCCCCGCGGGUCCGGGACUUGGUGCGGAGAGAGCUGAGGCUGUUGCUGAGCGGGCUUCAGCUCAAGGCGGAGCAGGAGGGCAGGUCCUCGCCCGCCAAGGCCUGGGUUCACUACAGCCCCAGAGUACUUCGCUUUGCCCUUGGAGACCCCAGGAACGGUCCGGAGGACGAGCUGGAGACCAGGCUGCCGGGGACCCGGGGGCUCAGCAGCGGCCAGGACCUCAGUGCAAUCAAGGAUUGCCUCAACGUGACCAACAUUGACCAGGUCAUCCAGCAUCUCCGGACCCUCCUGAAGGAGGAGUGCUGUGCUCUGGAGAGAAAGAUCAAAGCCCUGCAGCGCUGCCUGGAGAAUGUGCACAACUCGGUGGCAGAAUCCUCUCUGAUGCUGGAGCCCACCCUGGCAGAACUCAAAGAGCAAAAGAAAGCCAUGGAACAGGAGCUCCAGGGACCCUCAACACCCAUGGGCUCUUGUCACAGCUGGCAAGGGAGCAAGAGCCAAGAUGCUGGCUGGCAAAAGCUGGGGAGGCAGAGGACACUCUUGCACAGGAGCCAGGACCUGCCCUUUUCCGGGCAGCAGUCCCAGGGGUCCCGGAGUUGUGGCCUGCUGCCAGCCCUUUCCCCUGCUUCCCGUUCCCCUAGGCCUCCUUGGCCACGGGCCUCAGGCCCCUCUUACUACCAGAGCCGCUGGGGCCGCCGCCUUCAGGCCCGUCCCCAUGAAGGGCCACUGACCAGCGGGGGGCCUCAUGCAGGGACCCCAUCCUGAUGGCUGCGGCCUGGGAGCCGGGACCCUUGCUGGGGAAUAAAGGAUCAAGAGAGACAUGUGUGGGUCUGUGUCUGUGUCUGCCCUUGCUGCCCCAGUCUGCUCCCGGACCUCCUGUCGGGCCGGGGCUCUGAGCUGGUAGCUGGCUGUGGAGCGGACCCAGAGACCCCUGUCCGCUGCCCGCUGCCCAUGGGAAAAACAACAGCAGUCCAAAGUCAGGAAUAAAAAUUUCAUUAAACCCUAGCAGUGCACCGGCCAGGCUGGGCCAGGGCUGAGCCCCACCCUUAUGGCCAAAGGGAAUUAGAGGAGACACACAGCAGGGGGACCGAGGACAGGGCCAGUAUGCAGGCCAAGGAAGACAGGCGGGCUGGGCGGGCACUGGGGCUUGCCCUCUAGCCCCGGGCAGGCCCAUUUGGCACCAUCACUUGA